UUUGAGUUGCUCAUUAGAUGUAUGUGCGUCGGUCUGUCCUGUGUGUGUGAGUGCUCCAUUGGGAAUACAUGACUUCGCAGCAUCUCAGUUCUAAUUUUUCAACCAUCCUCACAGGAUAAUCCUUUCGUGUAUACCGUGCAAACGUCCAGUGCUUUCAAGUUUCUUUCAGCCGUACUGAAUAAACGCAUCGUGUUUGUCACCGUUAUUUUCUGCUCAUUUCAGUGUUUCAAUCGGGCCGAAUCUCGGAUGCUCCGUUUAUUUACGUACUCCGAGAAAGGGGAUUCAAAUCGCGAAUCGGUGGUGCUUCAUUCAUUUCGUUCGGUUGUUCAGUCAUGUCUUUGUUUUACUUUAGUUUCCUGUGACCUAGUCACGUCCAAUUGACCUCUCUCAUGUCCCACAAGAUUCGGAUUCAUCUGGGAUUCCUCGAUCUCCGUCAGGACAUCAGUUCGUAGGAGAGGAUCCAUUUUCGAAAAUCAAUAUAAUUUUACGAAUUCUACUUCGUUGGAAACCUCUUUAUUUGCGUGCAUUUCUCCGAUGCUUUAUCAUUAACAUUUUCAUCGUAUCAUUCGUGCCCAGUGAAUUAUUGGUAACUGACCACCAUGGUUCUUAGAUCAAUCGCUGAUUUUGCUCAUAUCAAUCAAGUGUCUCUCCGCCAAAAAAUGAGCAUUAACGCCGUUACUAUCUUUUUAACGUGUUUUGUCGCGCUGGUUAGUGUGUGUUGUGUAUCUGCAAGAGAUAUUAGUUGUUCUUCUGUCAAAUCGUCAUCUGCCGUUAUACCUUGGAGUGGCAUUCACAUCCCGGAAUCGCCCCAAUCAGGUGCAAAUUUAAGGAUAUGUUCACCAGGACUGACUUGCUGCACGAAGGAGAUGGAGGAUAGAUUUAGUGAUGACUCUGGAAAGCACUACCACACACUCCUCAAAGAAUCACUCUCUGCUCUAAGCUCUAUGCUGAAAUCGCGGGCGAAGAAACUAGAUGACUUAUUCAAAACGUUGAUGGCAACUUCGAAACGAGACUUCGACUCAAUGUUCAAACAAACUUAUGGACAAAUUUAUGAGCAAAACUCGGGAAUUUUUUUAGACUUGUAUGACGAGAUUGAAAAGUACUUCAGUACCGGUCGCGUUAAUCUUUCAGCCACAUUAGAGAAUUUUUUCAAGAUCCUUGGAGAAAAAAUGUUCUAUGUGAUGAAUGUUCAGUAUAAGUUCGAUGAAAAGCACCAAGCGUGUCUUUCAGAACACCUGACGGAGCUCCAUCCAUUCAAGGAUGCACCUACUAUUUUCAUUAGUCAAGUUAGAAGAUCACUAAUUGCUUUUAGGACAUUGACACAGUCGCUAAGUGCUGCAAGUGAAGUAGCGAGCAAUAUGAUGAAUCUGAAUCCAACCGGUGAAUGUUACAAAGUGGUAGCCAAAAUGCAAAGAUGCUCACUUUGUCAGGGCUAUCCAGAUCUCAAGCCGUGUAAUAAUUAUUGUGUCAAUGUGAUGAAGGGAUGUCUUGCUAAUCAUGCAGCUCUGGACUAUGAUUGGGGCCAGUUUGCUGGGAGUAUGAAUUUGUUGGUGGUUAAACUGAGUGAACCGUACGAUCUUGAAGCCGUAGUGAAGCCAUUUUAUGUAAAAAUAUCUGAAGCUGUAAUGAAUUUUCAAGAAAGCGGAACUCAAGUUUCGGAAAAGAUUUUCUCCCAAUGUGGCCGACCCUCCAUACGUAGGCGGAGAGACACAGUCUUAGACCAUGGUGAAGUAUCCCACAAAGAAGAUGAUGAAGAAGUAGUUCUAGACUCUCCAAAUGGUUAUAGUGAUCAAAGCUACAACCCUAACUCGGGACGGAAACGCUCAAGUGGAAACAGGAAGAGCAACCGAAAUAGGGAUAGUCAAGCUGGGGAUCCAACGCUGUCGAUCCACGGUGAUAAAGAGGAAGAGCAGGAGUCAGAACUGAAAAGUAUAAUCAGAGACAUCCAGAACAAAGUCAAUGCUACCAGAGAUUUUUGGUCGCAACUCCCUUACAGUAUUUGUAGCGACGAAGACUUCUCUGCCUCACCGAAAGCGGAGAGUAGCUGUUGGAAUGGAACAGAUAAAGCCAGGUACACAAAAGAAACAGUAGGAAAUGGUAUUUCUAAUCAACAUGAUAACCUGGAAGUUACACAUGUGCCCAACCCUCUCAUAAAUGAACAACUCUACUCUCUAAAAACUAUCACUAGUCAGUUGAAGAGUGCUUGCAAAGGCUCUGAAGUUGAAUGGUUCGAUAUCGAGGACACAUUCAGCUCAGGAAGUGGAUCUGGUGGAUUUGAUCCAGACAACCCAGACAUGGAAGUCGGUGCUCCGAACCCUCUUCCAGAUGACGAGGAUGGUAAAGGCUCCGGAAUGAAACCCAUGCCGGAUGUACCAGAGUUCGAUGGAAAUGAAAACGAUCUCAAGAAGAGGAUAGGUAGCAUCGAUGAAGUUUCAACAUUAGCUCCACCUCCUAAUCACGAGGACAACGAUGUAAAACCCUUGUUCGAUGAAAGCAAGGUCAAGUACAAUAUCUCGUCAUCAGGCAAAGCCACAAUAACAGAGAAACUGACACUGAAUAGGGCGCUCGCCUCUUACUUGUUACCUGUAGUUGUUGUCUGGAUUGGAAAUUCAUUCACGGAAUGGGUUCAGUUGUUGUAAGCUUAGUCAUUUUCAAAUCUCGUGUUAGUCGGUUUUAAUUUCUUGUUUCUGGAAAUAGCCAUUUCUCAGCUUUUGUGAAAAGUUCCUAAUUUAUUGUUAAGUCUGCGCCACAAGAAUUUAUGAAUUAUUGCAUCAGCUUCUUUGAAAGUCUAUUUUAUGUGAGCACUGCUGUUCUGUUAAUUUUGAUCACAAUGACUCGCAGCUGGACAUGUCCGUUGAUCAAACAAAAUUCAGCAUCCAAGGAAAAACUUCAAAAGCAAUCAGUCUGUUUCUUUCCAAUCCCUGAACAUCACUUGAUUGUUAUUCAUGAAAACCUGACUUUAAUUUAUUGAUUCAGUAAAUUGCUUGAGAGCACUGAUCCAUCUGCUUAAACUUUUUUGCCAUAUUGUACCUGAUCUCAAGAUGCACUCUCUGACAAAAUUAAGUAAAUUCUUACGUGGGAUUUAUACCUAAAAAAUACGUCCAGACAUUUUUGAAAAUUUCCCACAGUUAAAUUUUAUUACAUUUGUCUUUCAGUACAUUUUCUGCACAAUUUUCCUGUUACCAAUGUCUUGCAUUCGAAAUGAGGUAAUCGCAAAGAGUCUCUUUUCUCAUCAGACUCCAGCCUGAAAUUUCAUAAAUGCUGGGUAUGAAGUAUUUCAUAAUGUAUUUGCCUUAAAACUGAGCAAUCAAUUUUCUCAAGAUCAUCUAAAUGCUUAGGAUAGAGUUUUCAGUUUGAUCACUGUAGUUUUUGACUGAUACUUAUUUUCAACUGCACUAAGUAGUGUGCAAGGCUGUCCGUCGGUACUCACAUAAUCUAGACUUUCUAGUCAAUACUGCUGCCAUUUUUUGCCAUGUGCUGCACAGAAGCUGUCAGAUCACAGACUUUUACUUCGUAUGCAUAAAAUUAUAAGAACAUCCUUUAGAAGAGGAGGAGAUCAGGUUAUCUUACCACACUCAUCAUGAAAUAUCAAGCUUUUCAUGCAGACAAAAGAAUAUUUCUGCAGGAUUUGCUAGAGGUAUAUGCCUGAUGUUCAGGUUUGUUUCACGAUCAUAUAACUUGAAUUUCUUACUUCAGUCAGGAAUAUCAAUUUGAUUCGUCCAGUUCAUUCCCUCCGUUUGUUGUCUUUCCAUUGCUGUUUCCAAUUUUCGCUCUGGGGUUAUCACAAAAUUAAAAUAACCCAGUCUCUACAAUUCGUUUUUUCAGCAAAUUCCUGGCUGUAAAAUCAAUGUAGUUGUAAUUCUCUUCAACAUUCAACAACAUUCUGAGUAAUUUCUGUGGUCUUAUCCUGCUCCUCCUCAGCCAUUGUCAUCGUUCCUUUGAAUUGUUAUCAUUCACUUUUAUCGUAUCUUAGUAGUAAAAUACUCUACUUAUUAUUGAACAAAAAUAUUCCUAUCCAUAAGACAACAUGCUUUGCUCAUUAAGUGUUUUAAAAGCGUUACAAGACUGAAGGAACUGAAUCUUUGAGCAGUAAAUUAAAUGAAUUCACCAGGCAAAAAGAAGCAUACCUUGGUAAAAUAUCAAGUUUUCCUUGCUGGAAAGUGUCAGAGGAAUGGUGACUUCACCUUGAGGUGAAUGUUCAAUCAGAAAGUCAAAUUUUGUGUCAAUUUAUCGUUGUUUAUUUUAUCGUUAUUUUCUUUUUUUAUUUAUUUUUUUUUUUAAAAAAAAUUAAAGUCAGUGACUGCAAGGAUAACUUUUUAAGUCAAGUCCAAAGUAAGCUGCUUCAAUAGGAUGAGUCAAAGUUUAGUUUUGGGGAAGAGACCAAACAACUCGGUAUGCCGAUUAUGUCUAUUACUAUGUUGGGAUGCUUUAAAGUCGGAUGGCAAGUUUGCACUGCAGUGAUUUUGCUGUGAAGAAAAUUUGGCCGUAUUAUUUUGUUAUUAAAUAUUUCUGCAGUCUUUUAAAACUAUUGUUUUUUGAAAUUACAGGUUUUAUCAUCAACCUCCUCAUUUUUAACAAAAUGUAUAAAUUUUUAAACUUGCUACCAAGUUAAGCUCUAACUUUUGGUCCCUUUUCUUUCUCCCUUCUUGGGGAUGUAAUUAUGUCAUAAAUUAAAGUGUUUGACACUGAAUGAAAUAUAAUGCAUUCUCAUUGAUUUUAAAACUGAAGUUAACAAGCAGAAUAGAUCCACUGAAGUUUCAUUAUCGUAAAAAUGUUACAAAAAUUACAUGUGUAAUUUUUACGAAAAUUUAUCAUUUUCUCUUUUAAUCAUUUGUUGAGUUUCAAUAAUUUUUUGCUUGACAUUUAUGGGGACUUUAUAUCGGAUACUACACCCUUUUUUUUUUCGUUAUCUUCGUCCUGUCAGAGAAGCUUUUAUUUGAAUGAGACUUGAAAGGUUUUCAUGUAGCAAGGAUCACUGUCAUUUUCAAAAGCUGAAAAAUCAUCUCUUCCAAUCAUUGUAGUCAUGAACAAAUUGUUGUAUAGAAAUGAAGAAGGUUGUUUUGGUUGCUCAUUAAGCUGUAUUGAAAAGUUACCGCUUAAUGAGUAAAGUUUUUGUAAAUAUUGUGUUUUGAAUUGAAUGUGUAUAAAAGCAAAAUAACAAAAUUGUGAUAUUUGUUUAGUGUUAAACCUUUUUGUAUCUAUUUUUCUGUUCAAUAUCAUUUUGUGCAUAAUGUAAAUAAUCGAGGAAUGUGUGCUACGUUCAUUUGAUUCUUGUGAAUCAAUAAGUCCAGCUGAUGACGCCUGCCAGUAUCGAAUAGUUGGAUUUUCUCGUACAUAGAUGUGUACUGUCCUUUUAAGGUGGCUAAUAUUUUGUUUUAAUUUAGGCUAGUUUGAGGUCAGCAAGAUUGAUCACUGACUAUAACAAACCGUGUGUGCGGCCCGUGAUUUUGUGUGGUAUUUUCGCCAUAAGUAUUUUUUUCCACCGAAACCACUUUUUCUCUGUUUUUUGUUUCGUGUCAGCGCUUCCUCUCGUGAAACUAAAAAGACAGGUAUUUUUAAUAACUGUUUGGAUGGAUAGUAAGCAAGUUCGUGUCUUGCAGUCAGUUAGCUAAGAGAGUUGUAUAUUUGUAAAAUACUGUUACACUCAUCAUAAUGAUUGUAAUUCUUCUGAAUGAACGCAAAAAAUCUAUGGAGAAAAUCUUGAUGCUGGCACCUCGUCAAACUGAAGUUCGUGCUUCCAACCUUCAUUUGAGGAAGAAGAAUUAACGUCUGUUUAUUGACGAGUAUUCUAAUGCCUCGUAGGCUAUUGUUGUGUGGGAGAGGGGACAGUAACUAGAUUACACAGAUGCAAGCAAUAUUCAGCAAUAUCAGCAUUUUUGAAAAAAAUGUCUGACUUUUUUAUGUUUGCUGCUCUUGAUCUUCCUCCACGUUUAGUAACUAAUAAAAAUCUGUAAUUGUUAUAAUUUAUGUGAAUAAUUGUAAGCGAUUUGGCUCUGUACAUACGUGGUGACUGAUUUUGUAAUAAUAAUAAUUAACAAACUACUGAUUCCUCUAGGAUCACUUACUUACGCAUACCAACUUUAACAUAUACACACACAUUCUCUUAACACAUACACUCAUACUUAUACAAACACACACAUGACGAUAGAAAGUUUUAAUUACUACUUUUUAGUAUAUUAUUUCUAUUUUUCUUAUCAUCGGAAAUUUUGAGUUUCAAUCGUACAACUUUUUAAUCUCUCCGUUAAUUUAUUCAUGAAUUUAUCAGUCCUAAGGAUUGGCUAUAGAACAAUGUCCUUUAUUCUUUCUUUAUUUAAGCACUUAUUGUUUAUUAAUUCAUUUAUUGACUUUUUUUCUAUUUUGACUCAAAAAUGAUUUGUCUGUGAUAAUUGUAGGUUUGACUGCUUAUUUUAAAUAUUAUUUUUGCAUUUAUUCAUGUCUUUGACUUUCAUGAUUCAUGUGUAAUUCUUUUUCUCUCGUCAGAACUACCAAUUUUUAAUCCGGUACUCUAUUCUUGCUUUUGGUGCAAGUCUCGUUUGUGGAAGAAGUGGUUUUAAGCCUUUUUAAGCAUAGAUAUUCUUAUCAAUGUCCUAACUUACAGAAGAAAAAGUUGUGUAAUUCACUUACCAGUUUUUGAGUUUGAACUCCAUGUUCGACCACACGUCAGCUUUUAUUUUCAUGUGAAUUUUAUGAGAGGAAUAGAGUGAUUCAAAACGCUUGUGUUUCUGAUGUGACCCAUUACUCAAGAAUCAUAAAGCUGAAAGUUUACAAAUUUCUUUCUACAUGUUGACUGGCGUGUCAUCAAAAUUUGAGCCUUCUCAUACUCCUCCUUAACUCCACAAUAAAAUAGCAUACAUUAUCUGCCAAAGCAUGAGUCUGGUGCUCUCUGUUUUAGCUUAGAAGAGUUUUUGAGGAGUGGAGGUGCUCAGACAGACAUUACAGUUAGCAUGUUGAGGAACUUCUUUCGUACCGUCCUUGGCCUGUCACUGUCAAAUCAGUUCAAGCCUUGUUAUGUUUUAUCAAUACUAUUCCCUCCUGUAGCUAGUUUUCCAUUUUAACUUAAUGUUAUUAUGAAAGAAUACUUGUACCUGUUCGUUGAUUGAUGAUGUUGCAUAGAGGACAAUUUAUCGAAUCUUGAUUUUCAAUAAUCUAUUUCUGUAUCUUCUGUGUUAUAAAUGGCAACUCAAUGGCUAAGGAACAAUAUCGCCUAGUGGACAAUUUCUGCAAAAACGAGUUGGCGACAUCGCCGCAUUCCACAGUAGAAAAUAUGCAAGCUGUUGUUAUUUGUUUUUCCCAAUUCUGCACAGGAUUACUGUAAUGACCCUGUAAUUUAUAAAGAAAAAUUGUAAACCUAACCUUUUACAACAAAGAUAGCGAAGUCUUUUCUUCCUGAUGUAAAGUUGUCAGUUUGCAGAUAAGGCGUAUUGUUCCUUAGCCAUAGAAGUGUUAAAAGUAGAGAGAAUUCUCGUUUACAUUUUAAUGAUCAACAUAGGUUUGAAAAAUAUCUUAUACUGUAAGGAAUUGUGUGACUUAAGUGUUGGUCACAAUCAGCAUCUUGAUAUCUGAAGCAUUGAUCUGUUUUCAGAUCUUAAGGUGAAGGUUAAUUCAAGCAGAGUUCAAAUAAUCCGGUGAUGAAAAGGUUGCCUUCUAGGAUGCUAGGUUUUUAUUUUAUUUUUUUAUUGCUUUUGUUUUUUCUCUCACAGUCGGACAUUAUAAAUCUGGAAUGAUUCUGAUAAAGUGACCUUUAUUUACCUUAUCUAGGUGACAUCUAAGGAGUCCAAAAUUAGCUAGUUUAAGAAUGUUGCUUCUGCCAUUUCAAUUUUUUUUUUUUUUUUUUACCAAUCAAAGAAUUACAUGCUCCCUAAUAAAUAAAGCCUGAAAGAUCCACUAAUCAAUAGUGAGCUUGAAUUAAAUAUUGGUAACCAGAGAAAAAAAUGAAAGAAUUAAUUUCAAUGCAAAUUCACCCUAUUUUACUCUUGUGUUUUGACCCUACGUUUAAAUGUCUUUUGUGCUCUGUGUGGUUAUACCAGUUUUUCUUUAUAGUACUCUCUUCCUGGUUGUCUUAGCCUUUCGCUUUUAAGUUUGCCUCUCUCAAAUUUUUCUCCUUCUCUCCAUAGGAACGCCUUAAUUCUUGUUGUAAAUUCUGUAUGUAAUUGUGCUGUAGUUGAAUAAUAUCUCAAGUGAAGCUUGUUUCUAAGUUUUCCUGCUUAAAUCAAUCAGACUUUUUCUUCUUAAUUAUUUUUGUGAAAUAAUUAUUUUAAUGAUACUUUUAUUUUAACUUGUCAAAGAAAUUUCAAAUAAAUCAUGUAUUAUGAAAUGGAA